CGUUGUCAAUUACAUUCAUGUGGUCCCCGAGACGAGUACGAUAGUUUUUUGCGGUUAUGUUCAUUCCGUUGAACAAUAUUUGAAGCGCAAAUCACGUAUAAUAUUUUUGAUCAAUCUUUAUUUUAACAACGGUCAGUUUUCGUGGGCUCGAGACGCAAAAGUAUUCGUUUCGACGAAUGGAAACGAGGAAUGGAAACGCUCGAUAAGAAGAAAACCUGGACGGACGAGGAGCGUUUAGCACUCGCCACCAAGUUGGAUGCCGAAUUGGACGAGUACAUAGACAACCUGGAAAAAAAGAAAUAUACGGAAGGAUGGUCGGAGGACAAAUGGCAAGAAGAAAUGGACAAGCAUCCGUUCUUCAUGAGUACCGCGCCGAAACCCGGUGAGGAGCUGUCCCCACUGAUGGAAGGUUUGCAACAGCUCAAGUACGGAGAGGACGAAAAUACUCCCGAAGAAUUAGCAAAUAAUUACAAAGAGGACGGCAACUUCAACUACAGGCACAAAAAGUAUCGGAUUGCGAUUCUUAGUUAUACAGAAGGAAUCAAAACCAAGUGUAAAGAUAAGGAAUUGAUGGCCCAGCUCUAUAAUAACAGAGCAGUUGCCCAUUUCAUGUUGAAAAAUUAUAGGUCAAGUUUAAACGACUGUAAACUUGCUCUAAGUUUGAAACAAGAAUACCCCAAAGCCUUACUUCGAGCUGCCACUUGCAGUUUUCAUCUUAAAGAUUAUGAUCAGUGUAUUGAAUUGUGCGACAAGCUUCUUGCUAAGGCAGCGACUGAUAAAGACAUUUUGAAAUUACAAAACGAUGCUGUGCUUGGAAAAGCAUGUUUGGAAAGAGAUAAGAGAAAACAAACAAGGUUAGAGAAACAAUUGAACAAAGCUGAUGAGAAAUUAUUGAAGGCAGUUUUAGAAAGAGGUAUCAACAUUCAGACAAGUAACAAUCUAAAGAUAGAACUAAGCGAUCUGGACCACAAUGAGUCACACAUACCGCAAAAAAGAGUAGAGUUGGACACAAAUAACAGGCUGUUAUGGCCAGUGUUAAUUUUAUAUCCAGAGUCAAUGCAAAGUGACUUUGUGCAAGGAUUUCACGAAGACACAUUAUUCCUAGAACAAUUGACAGACAUAUUGAGUGUGCCCCCUGAAUGGGACACGAAACAUGAGUAUAACGUCGAAAAUAUAAAUGUAUAUUUUGAAGGCAAGAAGGAACUUUCUAUCCAUGUGAUAAAUGUUCAGCAGACAUUAGGCAAAAUAUUGCAAGACGAACGCUUCACAGUCCGUCACGGCAUGCCAACGUUCCUCAUACUCGUUAAAUCCAGCAAGGCGGAGGAACGUUUUCUAAAGCAAUACAAUAUUUAAUUGUUCGUGCUUGCGUUGUACAGGCUGUAUAGAUUGCUACUGGCGAAUAAAUUUUAUUGUAUCAA